UUUAGUACAAAUUUAAAAAUUCAAUGUGCACUAUUUUUUUUUUGGGACAGGAGAUAGUACUAGAGAAAAAGAAAAAGAAGAAGAGGAGAUUUUUGUAAUUGUAAAACCCUAAAAUCCUUGUUUCCUCCUUUUUCAUUUUCUGAACAAAUCUUUCCAAUACAUUGGUAAAUUCUCGAUUGCAAAAUUUUUGUAUCCUACUAGCGGAGAGCUAAGACUAGUAAAAAUGGUAGCCCUUGGACUGACGACAACCCCAGCGGAGUUAGCCUCGUCUUCUUCCACUUCCGUUGGACUGUAUCACAAAACCCUCUCCCCAUUUGUCUCUAAAGUGUGCAUUUCUCCCAGGGCUCGCCGGAGAUGCCUCUCCAAGUCCCACGGUUUGAACAUAUGCAGCUCUUUUUCCCCUAUGGAUUCCGCCAAGAUUAAGGUCGUCGGCGUUGGUGGCGGUGGCAAUAAUGCUGUUAACCGCAUGAUUGGCAGCGGUUUGCAGGGUGUUGACUUCUACGCCAUAAAUACAGAUGCUCAAGCACUGCUGCAAUCUGCUGCCGGGUACCCAAUUCAAAUUGGAGAGCUUUUAACACGGGGUCUUGGGACUGGCGGAAAUCCUCUUCUUGGGGAGCAAGCAGCAGAGGAAUCAAAGGAGUCUAUAGCCAAUGCUCUUAAAGGAUCCGACAUGGUAUUUGUAACCGCAGGAAUGGGUGGAGGUACUGGGUCUGGUGCUGCACCUGUUGUUGCUCAAAUUUCAAAGGAAGCAGGUUACUUGACUGUUGGUGUCGUGACCUUCCCUUUCAGCUUUGAAGGACGUAAAAGAACUCAGCAGGCUAUGGAAGCUAUUGAGAAACUUCAGAAAAAUGUUGACACUCUUAUAGUGAUUCCAAAUGACCGGCUGUUGGAUAUUGCUGGUGAACAGACUCCACUUCAAGAUGCUUUCCUCAUAGCCGACGAUGUCCUGCGUCAGGGUGUCCAGGGAAUAUCAGAUAUAAUCACAAUACCAGGGCUCGUCAACGUGGAUUUUGCUGAUGUAAAGGCGGUCAUGAAGGAUUCUGGAACUGCUAUGCUUGGAGUGGGGGUUUCUUCCAGCAAGAACCGAGCCGAGGAAGCAGCUGAACAAGCAACUCUGGCUCCUUUGAUCGGUGCAUCUAUUCAGUCUGCAACUGGCGUGGUCUAUAACAUUACUGGGGGAAAAGACAUAACAUUACAAGAAGUAAAUAGGGUGUCUCAGGUGGUGACGAGUCUGGCAGAUCCAUCAGCCAACAUCAUAUUUGGCGCUGUUGUUGAUGAACGCUACAAUGGAGAGAUCCAUGUAACAAUAAUUGCUACCGGCUUCACUCAAUCAUUUCAGAAGAACGUUCUGACCGAUCCUAGGGGAUCAAAGCUAACGGAGAAGGGGAACGCUGGAGCUCAAGAAAGCCUCAAAUUGCCGGUCGCUUUGAAGUCAUCUUCCUCUCCUAAUUCAACUCCCAGGCCAUGGUGGCCCAAGUCCUCCUAGUUCCUGGAAGCUUUAUGUCUUCUUACUUCCGCACAUAUUUUCCUUUGCAGUUUGGUUCUUCGAUUUAGGAGGAAAAUGGUUGUACCAGAGCCUUCAUCAUAAUAUUUUCACGAGAAAUGCAAUUCUUUUGCCUCAAAACCCCGCAAAAAAUGCGUGUUAAUUAUAAAAACAAAACGAAGAAUAAAGAAUAUAAUAGC